UGUCCCCCAGGCCGAGCGCCUCGCCCCGGCUGCCCUGGGCCCGGACGCCGCGGCCUCCCGCUCGCAGCACGUGUGCCAGCGGCCGCCGGGCUCCGCUCUGCCCCGAGGGGGCCCCGUGGAUGCCGCCGAGAUGGGCAAGGUGCUGUCCAAGAUCUUCGGCAACAAGGAGAUGCGGAUCCUGAUGCUGGGGCUGGACGCGGCCGGUAAAACCACCAUCCUGUACAAACUGAAGCUGGGCCAGUCCGUCACCACCAUCCCCACCGUGGGCUUCAACGUGGAGACGGUGACUUACAAAAACGUCAAGUUCAACGUGUGGGAUGUCGGGGGCCAGGACAAGAUCCGCCCCCUGUGGCGGCACUACUACACGGGCACGCAGGGGUUAAUCUUCGUGGUGGACUGCGCCGACCGCGAUCGCAUCGACGAGGCCCGCCAGGAGCUGCACCGCAUCAUCAACGACCGGGAGAUGCGGGACGCCAUCAUCCUCAUCUUCGCCAACAAGCAGGACCUGCCCGAUGCUAUGAAACCCCAUGAAAUCCAGGAGAAACUGGGCCUCACCCGGAUCAGGGAUAGGAAUUGGUACGUGCAGCCCUCCUGUGCUACCACAGGGGAUGGACUCUACGAAGGGCUGACAUGGUUAACGUCCAAUUAUAAAUCCUAAUGAUAACAAUAACUACUUAGUCUGCAGAUAAUUAAAAAAAAAAAAUAGCCUGCCUGGUUUCCUAGAAGAAUGAUUCUCUACCGAAAAAGUAAAAAACAAGCAUCCAUAGGGUUAUGAUCACUUCUUCUCCAGUUACCACCCUUUCCUUCUACACGCUGACUGGAUUCCUGUUUAACUCUUCUUGCUUGGCGUUAGGAUGCUGUAAUUUCCAAAUGUGACAUGAACACAAGCAUAGAUGCUAUGGCAGACUUCCAGCAAACGGGGAAAGACACACUGUAGAUUUGCUAAGUAAUUUUUUUCCUCUCUUGAUUAGCCCUUAUAAUGGUUUUUUUUUUUUUUUUUUUUGCAGGGCGGGGAGGGGUAACCAUUUUCAAUGUAUGCUUUCCGGUUCUACUUUUUUGAAAUUUUUUUUCUUUAUCACUUGCUGUAGAUUGCUUCUUUUUGCAUUCAUGCAGAAUAUGUUGAUAGGUCUGAUUCAUCAGUAAACUGAAAAUUAUUGCUUAAAAUCAAACUGCAGUCUGUCUUUUUAUAUUGAGGACUUUUUUUUUAAAAAAGAAGUCCUUAAUCUGUAACUAAAUAGUAACUUUAAAUCUGUCUUUUCAUAUCUAAGACUAACAUGGUAAAUAAAACCUUGCCUACAGUGGCAGAUAGUGAGAAUACCAUUGUAAUAUGUUCAAAGUACAUAUCAGAGGUAACGUAAGAACUGCAUUGAAAUGUCAGCUGUGAAGUUCUGAACCAUACAUCAUGCAUGAGUAGGGAUGCAAAUAAGUUCCCCAUAUUGCAUAGCAACCAUAUAAUGAAUAAAAUGUGAAUGAUGUAAUAGUUCCAAGUUAUACUCUACUCACAGUUCCUAUGUCUUGCAUUGCAAAGUUAAUGAUGUUUAGCUGCAGUCUUAACUAGUUGUGUGUCAGUCUCCUCACAGUGCGAGAUAUCAUCUUUCCAGAAAGCAUAGCAGUAACGUGUAAGCAUUACUGUUCCUUUUACUUUAAAUAAUUUACCAUUAGGCAAAAAUCAAGUCGUGUCUUGCCUCUCUUACAAUAUAGGAAAGAUGCAUUUGUUAAUCUUGAGACUUUUGGAGACAUUUCCUCUUCCAAAGUUUGAAAAUCUCAUGUUUUCUGAAAAGCAUGCAUCUUUAUCAGCUGCAAACCCCCCCCCCCCCAUAUGGAUUUGUUUCCAUAUCAUAAUUAUUUGAAUACACAAGCUCAGUUCUAAACUUUAACAGAAAUUAAUCAUUUUAACUUUUGAGUAACUGGCAUUUGAAGAAGUCGUUUAUAUCACGAUUUAGUUUUUGCAAGACCACAAUUUAACCCAUGAAAGUCAUUCUAAACAUUUUUGUCCCUCUGUUUCAGUAACAUUACUAUAAUUCUUUAUGAAAGGAACUGUGUUGAAUGUCUGAAUUUAAAUCCAUUGAGUAAUUAGUAAUGAGGGUGGGGUGUAGAGUGAGCAUAUGACUAUGAAUGUAAACUUCCACAUAUAGGGAAGUUUUAAAGGGCAAGCAGCUCACUUGCCAUAACACCGUUUUCAGAUGUCUCUGACUGGGAAGUUAUGGCAAAAACAAACCAAACCCACCCAGAUUGAGAGUUCAAAUCAGUGUAUCGUUUCAAUCAAGUAUUAAUACUGGGUGCAAAAAAUGUAAAGCAGCUGGGUUUUAUUCAGCCUUAAGGAUUAACUUCAGAUUUCCUCAAGGAGUUAAACUCAACUGGGGAAUUCUAGGAAUGUAACUCUACAAAACUAGAAGAAGAGAAAAAAAAUGUUUUUUUGAGGGUGUAAGUUUUACAUUAGAUUGGGGCAUUACACUACAUUUCCGCAGUGUUGACUCUGUAUGUUAAGUACAGUGUAUUAUGGAGCUCUUACCAAAGAUCUAUGGGGAGAUAAAAAUAUUGAAGUUCAUUUCCUAAAAAUUUAAUGCUUAGGACCCCUUGAAGAAAAAUGCUUUGUUUAGAAUAUGGUUCCAAGAAAGGGACACUCUAAAUGUGGGUUGCGGUGGCAGUGAUAGGAUUCUGGAUGAUACUAGAAAAUAUAGCAAUGAUUCAGAAACAAUUUUAUAAAAGGAAAAAGUUCGUUAGAAAAGCAAGGCAAGUUGAAUUACUUUAAAUCAUAAUUCUGAAGGGGAAACUAGAAGUCUUCAUUUUGGAAGUCUUUUUAAGUCCUUGAAUUGUUGCUCCAUUUUCUAGUUUUUAUAAAUUCAGUAAAUUCAUUUCCGUUAAUGUAAUUGGUCAAAUAGUGUGGUAGUGUAAAGGUGUAUAAACAAACACCAGGGUACAAUUGUUUUCUUCUGGAAAAAAUAUAAAAAAAGCCAAGCACAAGGUAAAUGCCUAAACUGGAAGACUUGAAGCUCUAUUAAUAGUUUUCAAACUUUCUUAAACAUAUCUCAAUCAAAAUGAAAAAUUGGAUUUUCACUUUCAGUCUAAAGUGUUUACUGUAUUCUUUCUCUUCAGACACUGUUUGGGGCAGGUUUAAAUUUCACUAGGUUUUUACAUUAAAUUGAAUUCACAAUUUUGUAUUUCUUUGGUAAUUUUUGUUACUUUAGAUAUUCUGUUGUGUAGGUAAAAUGAUAAAUUUAAUUAUACUCUUGAAUUUUUAAAUGUUUUAUUCUGGGGGGGAAAGACUCUAAAGUUACUGGAACUUGUGUGGCAGAUAAUUCAAAAAUAAAUGACCUUUGCUACUUGAACGAAAUAUAAAGGCUUCAUUUUCAAAAUGUCUUUAGGAAGGAAACGGGGGGAGGGGGAACAAUGCAAGUAAUUGUAGCCUGCAGGUUAAAGUGGCAAUCUUUUUUUUUAUCAGAAUUCUUACAACUGAAUUAUAAGUGCAUCAACUUCUGUGUUCUUACGAAUUUACGAAGUAAACUGGAGUACAUUUUUUGAAUGGCAUUAUUCUUGUCUGGUGGCAGUUUUCUGCAGUGAGAUGGAAGGAGGAUAAAGCGUAUGGCUUCUGACUGACUUCUCCCCCCCACACAGCACAAGCAACCACAUGGGAGAACAUAUGCUGGGAGAGGCUGACCGAACUGGAGUGAAGAUGGACGUCAACUUCAUUAUGAGACAGGAGGAGGAAUAGCUCAGGGGGCUUUGAAAGCUUGAAUGAGAGUUUGUGUGGUAGAGGGGAAGCCUAUGCAGGGUUUGAGGGAUUUGGCAUGGCCAGAGCCAUGAUCUAGGGCAAUGAUUUUAGCAGCAGCAUUUUGAGUGGAUUUGUCUGCUUCAAAGAAUAGUAGGCUGAAAAGAGGUGUGAUUUUUUUUCCCCUCCGCCCUGUCCCCUCCUUACAGCAGCUGCGCUGCCUGGGUCCCUAUUGUAGUGGGGUAACUAAAACAUGAACACCUUAAAAGCUUCUCAUUAAAAACAUUUACAAUGUGUUUGGUCUUCUGAGUGGAAUCCACCAUUUUUUGUUACUUAGGGUGGAGCUGGUUAUACUGAUGAGUGUCUGUUCCCUAUUUGGGGGAAACCAUAAUUUUAAUCACAAGGAAUUAUAAGUUCUACCUCUAUUUGUAGAAGGAAAAUUAUGCCUGCAAACAUCUGAGGCCUACCUAAAAUGGGGCCCAUCCAGUGUACUGUGUGUGUGUCAUUUAUUUAGAAAACAUUUCUUGCCCUUCUAUAACUACCAAACCCCACAAUUUUAUAUAAUGCAAUGGGCUGUAUGUGAAUGUAAUCAGUACUGUUUUAGAGCCCAAGCUAUAUUUCCUUACAUCAGUCACUUCAUGAAGGAGUCCUGGGAUCUAAAUUGAGGUGUCUGUGCAGCAGACAGCAGUCUUCUUAAAUGUGACUUACAUUUUGAAAAAAAAUGAAGUAAAUAAGAUGGUGCAUUGGAUGCUCCAACUAAGCGGGGCAGGAGGGGGCAUUCAAUAAGCUGAUUUUUUUUUUUUUAAACCAGGUAAUAUCUCCUAUCAAGGGUCCUCAGGCAGAGAACUGAGCAGAUGCUCGUUCUCAGUUUUUCCCUGUGUGAAGUCAUGUGCAGUGCAGGUGCAAAACAAUUCGGCACCCUUGCAAAUUCAGAUUGUCCAGGGUUUAGUAUGCUGUCUCAAAUUGCCUCAGUACGAGGAACUGUGGUAUUAAAUUACAUAAUGACCUGAAAGAUGGAGUGAAAUGAAGUGGUGGCAUCUGUGGGCAGCACACAUUUUAGAGUAGCCAGGAUGAUGGAGCGCUAUGGUGGAAUGUGGAGUAAUUUAACAAAGCUAAAUUAGGCCUAAGUGGCUCCCGUGAUUGGUUCAGAACUCUUCAUGUGAAGGCACCACUUUAAAUUCAGCCAGGUCGCGAAUGGCCAGAUGUGAUCAGACAGCUGCUUAGUGAGGUGUGGAGGAAACGAGCUCAGUCCAGUUUCUAGUGCACAAGCAUCCACAUUACAGACCCCAGUUAGCACUAAGUGUCUGUCGGGUAGUCUGAGGAACUGGGGACUGAGUGAACAUAGACUUUACUAUCCUUCCUCAUGUACAGUUGGAGCACUCUGAGGGGAAGCUGGAACUGCUCCCACACCUUAUUUGUCUGACUUAGGCCUUGUCUACAUUACAGAGUUUUGUCAUCAAAAGUCAGCUUUCAUUGACAAAACAGUGGAGGUGUACACACCACCAUGCUCCUCCCGCCGACAAAACUCUCCUGCUUUGCCGACAAAAUAAAACCACCUUGAUGAGAGGUGUAGAGAUUUUUGCGGCAAAGUUGUAUUGACAAAGUGUCAGUGUAGACCCUGCGCUUGGUUAUGUUGCUGUAAAUGGCCUCCAGGAGGUGUCCCACAAUGCCCAUCCUGACCUCUGUUUGAAUGCCACUGCCCUGCACCCAGGUACAUAGAUAUCAGUUCCCCUCACCCCCCAUUUAAAGGCCCACGAAUUUUUAAAAUGCCACUUCCUGUUAGCUCAGCAUGGACAAUUCACAUCGCAUCUUCCCAGCUGACCAGGGCGGCUCCACGAGGUAAAUGCUCUCCCGUGUAGAGCAUCCCUGAGUUGUUGGAUCUGCUGGCAGUGUGGGGAGAGGAGGCUGCACAGACCCAGCUCUGCUCCAGCCAUAGGGACUUUGAUACCUAUGGUCAGAUUUCUCAUGACAUGUUGGAGAAGGGCUACGAACAGGACAUGCAGCAGGGCGAUGUGAGGAUAAAGGAGCUGAGGCCGGUCUACCAGAAGGCAAGGGAGUCAAACUGUCGCUCUGGUGCUGUGCCGAAGACUUGCUGCUUCUAUAAGGAGCUGGAUGCCAUCCUUGGUGGCGACCCUGCUCCCACUGCCAAGAGCCCUGUGGAUACUUUGGUGGGGCUGGAGAUGGCGGAGAGCGGACUCAACCCUGAGGACAAAGUUGUGGACGAGGAGGUCGAGUUGGAGGACGAUGUGGCACACAUAGCAGGGUCGUCUGGUGGCAUGGCGAGCCAGGACCUCUUUUCCGUUCCAGAGGGGUCUAGCCAGUCCUAGCAGCCCAUCUCUGGUGUGCAUGAUGGAGGAGAGGAGAGCUGUGAUGUGGCCUUCAGGGGAACCCCAUACACACCGGCGGAGUGUCUCCGCCAUAUAAGGAAGUCAUCAAGGAGGACAUGUUUCGAGAGGUGCUCCAAUCCUCAGAGGCUGAAAAACAAGAAUGCAAGGUGUGGAGAGAGACUUUAAAAGAAAAUACUAAAAUUGAGAGGCGGGACAGAUGGCUACCUACAGUGUGCUGCUCUCUGUCAAUGUUAAAGCACCAAUUGUGGACCUGCUCUGCUGACAGAAGGAACAUUGUGUGAACAUGCACAAACCAUGUCACUAUACCGGUGUUCGAUUGUCGGUGUAACUUGCGUUGACAAAACUCUGUGUAGACAAGGCCUUAGUCUUCAAUGCUGCUAGCCCAGCACUUCCUAUGAGCAAUGAAAUUCAUACUGUUACUUAAAAAUUGACAACAGGGCUGCAGAUGUGCUUGUCGUCUUGCCCAAGACAACAAACAGAGAAAAACAGAACUGAAUGACAUAAGGGAAUCUGAGCUAGCUUUAACUCCUGCAGGAAAAAGAGGCUCCUGACAGCUAAGCCAUAUCUGCUCAUUGUGCUGCAAUAGUUGAAGCAAAUAAGAUGUAAACUUUAUUAGUAUAAAGUAUCAAAUGCAACGAAUGGUUGUUUAGAAGGGCAUGGUACAUCCCUCAUUGGUUCCAGGUUUGGCAAUCUAAUAAUAGCUUUUCCUUUGUAUUAACGGAAGAUAGAGGGAGUGAGUAAGUGAGGUCUGGACUUCUGGCAAAAGACACAUCUAUCAAUCCUGCCUUUUGAUCAUUCUUCAGGGAGAAUUAUUUUGUGUUGUAGAUUUAAAGGGGAGAGACUUAGAAGGGAGGGGGUGGAGAUCUUGCUCAAAUGUAACAUUAUCCCUUUGCUUUUUUGUCCCUAACUCUUCUGGUAUAUGUACACUUAUCUUGAUUUUGUUUAAUUUCACGGUUUCUCAAACAAAAUUUAUCUUUACUUCAGUUUUUCCUGGAAAACUAUUGGUGGUCUCUUGACUAUUAAGCUUGUUGUUGUGAAGUUUUUCUACUUCCUCCCCCCCACCCCCUUUCACCGGUGAAGUCAUCUUGUCUCUUCAGUUUUGGUUACGUAUCCAAAGUAUGCAUGUACAGAUACAGUAAUGGAAGGUGUCUGGAAUAAGUUAAAUACCAGUCUUGAUAUUGAUGUGAAGAGCAGCUGAGUCCGAACUUGGUCUGUCAACAAUUAAAUACGUUCUUUCUUA